AUGGCGAGGGCGGCGCUGCCGGAGGGGUUAGAGGGUGGCUCCUCUGGCAGGGAGGAGGUUCUAGGCAUGGUGCUGCAUGGUGGAGGGACCCUGCCCUCUGCCUGCCCCAUGGAGCCGACACGUCAUGCGAGGCUGGGCAUUGGCAGCAGCAGCUUCUUCUCCUCCCCACCUGCUCUCCAGCAGUCGAGCCGCCAGGGGGAAAUAGGGGCAUUCCGGGAUAAAAUCAGAAUCCGGGAUAGCUUUCGCAAUUCUGGGACCAUCUCUGGAAAAUCAGGACACUUGGAGACCCUGCCAAAGAUCUUGGAUAAAGUAGCUCCUGUAUUUCUCAUGAGCAGCUGCAGCUUCCUGGUAGAGAAGUCACGUGACUCGACAGCCCGGGUGGUGGUUUGGCGGGAAAUAGGAGUGCAGAGGAGCUACACCAUGGAAAGCACUUACUGCGGAUGCAGCCAUGGCCUCUACAAGGGUCUACAAAUAGGGACUUGGGAACUGGAGGAGAUGGGAGCCAAGUUUUGCCUUGGGCUCCUCAUCCUGCAGCUGAAAUCCCUGCCUUGCAGCAAGAAGGUGAUGGCACAAGCAACAGCUCUGCUGGACGUGGAAGAGGAAAUCACAGACCUCCGAGCCCAAAGAAGCAGCAGCAGCAACGGCAACCUGGAGACGGACGAUGAACUUCCCUUUGGGGAUGAAGUGGAUUAUAACACAGACAGCUGCUCUGACCAGGAAGGAGACUUUUCGGAGCUGGACAAAGAGAUCUAGGAGUAUCGCUCCAGGGCUGAAGGAGUCAAAGAAGAAUCAGAAGCCAAUAGAGGAAAGAUGUAUGACACUGAAACACACACACACACACACACACACACACACACACACACACACACAUCACAUGGAGGACUUUCUACAUCUCGAGUCAGCCCAAGCAGCCAGCAUCUCCCAUUGCUGUCAACAAUGCUUGGGGUCUUCAGCAGACUGAAGAGCAGGCCCAAACCAUCAAUCCUCAAGCAACGAGCAGGCAGCUCACAGCUUGCAUCUGCUUCUUAUGUGGUGACAGUUCCAAUCCCAAAUGUCUUGCCCCGUUUGCACUUCCAAAAUAGACCUCUCUGUUGUUGUUGUUCUUCUUCUUUUUGCUAUUGAAACUAUUAUCUAGACUCCAUAGAAAGGGGAAGAGAUUCCUUGUAAUGUACUGAUAUAUCUCUAUAGCAAUGUGUGAGCACCAGUUAGCCAAAACUGGAGGGUGCAUGAAGGAUGGAGCUUUUCUUUUGCAGUGUUUUCUGCUCAAUAGUUGUUUUUCUGUCUUCUCUCUCUCUCUCUCUCUCUCU